CUCUCUCUUAAUAUGAGCCAAAUGUACAUGAGAAUUUGUUUAAGCACAAAAACAAAAGAGACACUCUCUCUUACAUAGAAAACAUCAAACCAAUUAAAACCACACCCUUCUCCUCCAUCAACCAAAACAAAACAAAACACCUCCAUUUUCGUUUUUUCAUUCAUCGAUGGCGGACGUGCUUUCUCAAAAGGCAAAAACACCAUCAAAGAAAGAAACAUCGAGUCUUUUACUUGGUCGAUUCGAAAUUGGGAAGCUCCUUGGCCAUGGAACCUUUGCGAAGGUUUACUACGCUAGAAACAUCAAAACCGGUGAAGGUGUAGCUAUAAAAGUAAUCGACAAAGAGAAAAUCCUAAAGGGUGGUUUGGUUGCACACAUAAAACGCGAGAUCUCAAUUCUUCGCCGUGUUCGUCACCCUAACAUCGUCCAACUGUUUGAGGUAAUGGCUACAAAAACAAAGAUCUAUUUUGUAAUGGAAUAUGUUCGUGGGGGUGAACUUUUCAAUAAGGUUGCAAAGGGUAGAUUGAAAGAAGAGGUUGCUAGAAAGUAUUUUCAACAAUUGAUCUCAGCCGUUGGUUUUUGUCAUGCUAGAGGGGUUUACCAUAGAGAUCUAAAGCCUGAAAAUUUGUUGCUUGAUGAGAAUGGUAAUUUAAAAGUAUCUGAUUUUGGUUUAAGUGCUGUUUCUGAUCAAAUUCGACAAGAUGGUUUGUUUCAUACUUUUUGUGGCACACCUGCUUAUGUUGCUCCUGAGGUUUUGGCUAGGAAAGGUUAUGAUGGUGCUAAAGUUGAUCUUUGGUCUUGUGGUGUUGUUUUGUUUGUUUUGAUGGCUGGUUAUUUACCUUUUCAUGAUCAAAAUGUUAUGGCAAUGUAUAAGAAGAUUUAUAAAGGCGAGUUUAGGUGUCCCAGGUGGUUUUCACCUGAUUUGUCUAAACUUCUCAUUAAGCUUCUUGAUACAAAGCCUGAAACUAGGAUUGCUAUUCCUGAAAUCAUGGAGAAUAGGUGGUUUAAAAAAGGCUUCAAACAAAUUAAGUUUUAUGUUGAGGAUGAUAGGCUUUGUAGUGUUGAUGAUAAUAAUAAUUUUAUUGACAAUGAAGAUGAUACAGCUUCUAUAGCAUCUUUUUCUGAUUACUCGGUUUCGGAAUCGGAUUCUGAGUUUGAGACUAGAAGGAGGAAUGCUCCUUUGCCUAGACCUGCUAGUUUGAAUGCUUUUGACAUUAUUUCAUUCUCACCUGGUUUUGAUCUUUCUGGACUUUUUGAGGAAAAAGGCGACGAGAAUAGGUUUGUGACAGCUGCGCCGGUUUCCAAGAUCAUCAACAAACUGGAAGAGAUAGCUCAGUUGGUUAGUUUUUCUGUGAGGAAGAAGGAUUGUAGGGUGAGUUUGGAAGGUACAAGAGAAGGUGUGACAGGACCAUUGACUAUUGCUGCUGAGAUAUUUGAACUUACACCUUCUUUGGUUGUUGUUGAGGUGAAGAAAAAAGGAGGGGACAGAGCUGAAUACGAGAGGUUCUGUAACGACGAAUUGAAACCUGGAUUGCAGAAUUUGAUGGCAGAGGAAUCAGCAACUUCUUCAGCAUUGUCACCACGUACCGAACCGACUUUACUACGUGUGCUUUCUGAACCAGUUCAUCACAGCAUAACUUCGGAUAUUGAUGAAUCUCCACAUUAUUUACCUGAAGAGUGAGAUAGAGAAGAGAAAAUUAAGGUUCUUUUAUGUUUGUUCUUUAUAGAUUGUGUAUGAUAAUUUUUUUGUUCCAUCAUGAUGGUCCUCCUUUUAGAUUUGCUCCUUGACUUGAGCAUUAGAUGCUAAUGUAUUUUGUAUGUCCAAAUCCAAUUCCUAUACAAAGAAAGGCUAAUUGAAAUUUAGCUAAUAAUGGAGGAUAUUUUUCUAUGUUUUUCUUUGGUGUAUUGUUCCGUAUUUGUAUAUUACUUUUGCUUCUUAGAGCAUAGCAAGUAGUGAGAAAAUAGCAAAAACAGUUUAGUGCUAGUGCAUGAAGCAUUACAAAUGUUUUUUGUUUUAGUGCUUGCUACAUAGUACAUAUUAAUUUUAGAAGUUUGAGAUUGAUGGAGGAAAAAAUCUUUAAGGCUAUAUGGGAACAAUAAUAGAGGUCUCUUCUUGUGUACUACCAGUUUAAUAUGUGAUUCAUGUCUCCCUGCUUCAUAUUUCUACAGUGGACCACCUUGGACCGGUUCCUGAAAAUUACUCAAUAUCAACGAUGAUUGACGCCGCCUUUUAGAAGCAGAAACUCACAGUCUUCUUGGCCCUCACGAUUGAGAUGAUGACCUAAUUGCAGUGUUUGUUUUGACAAAAAAUAAAAGAAAGCAAUAUGAACUAAGUUUUAAAGUCGUAAUUUGUUUUCUCUUGUUUUUGUUGAGUUGACAUUGAUUAAGUCACUAUAUCAGACGUUCCGAUAAGGAGGAUCUUAAACUUCUA